AUGUCAGACGCACCAACAAUUACCAUCGGCAGCAAAGCUCAUAGACCAACGACCGCCAAAACUCAAGGAGAAAUCAAUGCAAACCUGAGAUCAGGUGGUAGUGCAGGUGAUCGUAAGAUGGGCCAAGCCAACAAAGGUCAUCAAGGCACUGAUCAUCAGAAAAUUGUAAAGUUGGACAGAGAGAAUGAAGUAGCACCACCACCAAAGAUAUCUCUUGGUGUUGGUAAAGCCAUUAUGCAAGGUAGACAGGCGACAGGCCUCACGCAAAAGGAUCUUGCAACGCGUAUUUCCGAGAAGCCUUCUGUUGUACAGGAUUACGAACAAUCGAAGGCAACGCCUAACCCACAAAUAUUGGGUAAGCUGGAGAGAAUCCUCAAGAUAAAGCUCCGUGGAAAGGAUAUUGGCGCGCCUUUGGGAGGACCAAAGAAGAGCGAAAAGUAA